CCCGCGCUCCGAGGACGCGCCGGCGGCCUGCGCGUGCGGCCAGAGCCCCGGCGCCGCGGAGCUCCCCGGCCGCGGCCGCCGCUCCCGGGGCACGAUGGCGAACGACUCCCCCGCCAAGAGCCUGGUGGACAUCGACCUCUCGUCCCUGCGGGACCCUGCUGGGAUUUUCGAGCUGGUGGAAGUGGUUGGAAAUGGCACCUACGGACAAGUCUAUAAGGGGCGACAUGUCAAAACUGGGCAGCUGGCGGCCAUCAAGGUUAUGGAUGUCACCGAGGAUGAAGAGGAAGAAAUCAAACUGGAGAUAAAUAUGCUGAAGAAAUAUUCUCAUCAUAGAAAUAUUGCUACGUACUAUGGUGCUUUCAUUAAAAAGAGCCCUCCGGGACAUGAUGACCAGCUGUGGCUUGUUAUGGAGUUCUGUGGGGCCGGGUCCAUCACAGACCUUGUGAAGAACACGAAAGGGAACACACUCAAAGAAGACUGGAUCGCGUACAUCUCCAGAGAGAUCCUCAGGGGACUGGCACAUCUCCAUAUUCACCACGUUAUUCACCGAGACAUCAAGGGCCAGAAUGUGCUGCUGACUGAGAAUGCGGAGGUGAAGCUUGUUGACUUCGGCGUGAGUGCCCAGCUGGACAGGACGGUGGGACGCAGGAACACGUUCAUCGGCACGCCAUACUGGAUGGCCCCUGAGGUCAUCGCCUGCGAUGAGAACCCGGACGCCACCUACGACUACAGAAGUGACCUUUGGUCUUGCGGCAUCACGGCCAUCGAGAUGGCAGAAGGCGCUCCCCCUCUCUGUGACAUGCAUCCAAUGAGAGCGCUGUUUCUCAUCCCCAGAAACCCUCCUCCCAGGCUGAAGUCAAAAAAAUGGUCAAAGAAGUUCUUCAGCUUCAUAGAGGGCUGCCUGGUGAAGAACUACAUGCAGCGGCCCUCGACGGAGCAGCUGCUGAAGCACCCUUUCAUUAGGGAUCAGCCCAACGAGAGGCAAGUUCGAAUCCAGCUGAAGGAUCAUAUAGACCGGACCAGAAAGAAGAGAGGGGAGAAAGAUGAAACCGAGUAUGAGUACAGUGGGAGUGAGGAAGAAGAGGAGGAAGUGCCUGAACAGGAAGGAGAGCCAAGCUCCAUCGUCAAUGUGCCUGGAGAGUCCACACUGCGUCGGGAUUUCCUGAGGCUGCAGCAGGAGAACAAGGAGCGCUCUGAGGCCCUGCGCAGGCAGCAGCUUCUGCAGGAGCAGCAGCUCCGGGAGCAGGAAGAGUAUAAGAGGCAGCUGCUGGCUGAGCGGCAGAAGCGGAUCGAGCAGCAGAAGGAGCAGAGGCGGCGGCUGGAGGAGCAACAGCGGCGAGAGCGGGAGGCCAGGAGGCAGCAGGAGCGCGAGCAGCGGAGGCGCGAGCAGGAGGAGAAGAGGCGCCUGGAGGAGCUGGAGCGCAGGCGCAAGGAGGAGGAGGAGCGGAGGCGGGCGGAGGAGGAGAAGAGGAGAGUGGAGCGGGAGCAGGAGUACAUCAGGCGGCAGCUGGAGGAGGAGCAGCGGCACCUGGAGAUCCUUCAGCAGCAGCUGCUCCAGGAGCAGGCCAUGCUACUGGAGUGCCGCUGGCGGGAGAUGGAGGAGCACCGGCAGGCAGAGAGGCUCCAGAGGCAGUUGCAACAAGAACAAGCAUAUCUCCUGUCUCUACAGCACGACCACAGGAGGCCGCAGCCGCAGCAGCAGCCGCCGCAGCCACAGCCGGACAGGAGCAAAGCCAGCUACCAUGCUCCAGAGCCCAGGCCUCCUCACUACGACCCUGCUGACAGAGCGCGCGAGGUGGAAGAUAGAUUUAGAAAGACUAACCACAGCUCCCCCGAGGCCCAGUCUAAGCAGACAGGCAGAGGAGCGGAGCCGCCAGCGCCGUCCCGGUCAGAGUCUUUCUCCAGCGGCAACUCCGAGUCUGUGCACCCCGCCCUGCAGAGACCAGCGGAGCCCCAGGUCCAGUGGUCCCACCUGGCAUCUCUCAAGAACAAUGUUUCCCCUGUGUCGAGGUCCCAUUCCUUCAGUGACCCUUCUCCUCCCAAAUUCGCACACCACCAUCUUCGUUCUCAGGACCCAUGCCCGCCCUCCCGCAGUGAGGCGCUCAGUCAGAGCUCUGACUCUAAGUCAGAGGGACCCGACCCCACCCAAAAGGCGUGGUCUAGAUCAGACACUGACGAGGUGCCUCCAAGGGUUCCCGUGAGAACAACGUCCCGCUCCCCCGUCCUGUCCCGUCGGGAUUCCCCACUGCAGGGCAGUGGACAGCAGAAUAGCCAAGCAGGACAGAGAAACUCUACCAGCAGUAUUGAGCCCCGGCUCCUGUGGGAGAGAGUGGAAAAGCUGGUCCCUCGGCCAGGCAGCGGCAGCUCCUCAGGGUCCAGCAACUCAGGAUCCCAGCCCGGCUCCCAUCCUGGCUCCCAGAGCGGCUCCGGUGAACGCUUCAGAGUGAGAUCGUCAUCCAAGUCUGAAGGCUCGCCGUCCCAGCGCCUUGAAAAUGUAGCCAAAAAGCCUGAAGAGAAAAAAGAAGUAUUCCGACCCCUCAAGCCUGCUGACUUGACUGCGUUGGCCAAAGAGCUCCGGGCGGUGGAGGACGUGCGGCCACCGCACAAAGUGACCGACUACUCGUCCUCCAGUGAGGAGUCUGGGACCACGGACGAGGAGGAGGAGGACGGGGAGCAGGAGGGCGCCGAGGACUCCACCUCAGGCCCGGAGGACACCCGAGCAGCGUCGUCUCUGAAUCUGAGCAACGGUGAAACAGAAUCUGUGAAAACCAUGAUCGUUCAUGAUGACCUGGAGAGUGAGCCGGCCAUGACCCCGUCCAAGGAGGGCACGCUGAUCGUCCGCCAGAGUACAGUUGAUCAAAAGCGUGCCAGCCAUCAUGAGAGCAAUGGCUUUGCGGGGCGCAUUCACCUCUUGCCAGAUCUCUUACAGCAAAGCCAUUCCUCCUCCACCUCCUCCACCUCCUCCUCCCCAUCCUCCAGCCAGCCGACACCCACCAUGUCCCCACAGACACCCCAGGACAAGCUCACUGCUAAUGAGACUCAGUCCGCUAGUAGCACACUCCAGAAACACAAAUCUUCCUCCUCCUUUACACCUUUUAUAGACCCCAGGUUACUACAGAUUUCUCCAUCUGGUGGGACGACAGUUACCUCCGUGGUGGGCUUUUCCUGCGAUGGAAUGAGGCCAGAAGCCAUAAGGCAAGACCCUACUCGGAAAGGCUCAGUGGUCAAUGUGAACCCCACCAACACUAGGCCACAGAGUGAUACCCCCGAGAUCCGUAAAUACAAGAAGAGGUUUAACUCGGAGAUACUGUGUGCUGCCUUAUGGGGCGUGAAUCUGCUGGUUGGUACAGAGAGCGGGUUGAUGCUCCUGGACAGAAGCGGCCAAGGGAAAGUAUACCCGCUGAUCAGCCGGAGACGCUUCCAGCAAAUGGAUGUGCUUGAGGGCCUAAAUGUCCUGGUGACAAUAUCUGGCAAAAAGGAUAAGUUGCGUGUAUACUAUUUAUCCUGGUUAAGAAACAAAAUCCUUCAUAAUGACCCCGAGGUGGAGAAGAAGCAAGGGUGGACCACGGUGGGCGACCUGGAAGGAUGUGUGCACUAUAAAGUUGUAAAAUAUGAAAGAAUCAAGUUUCUGGUGAUUGCUUUAAAGAGUUCUGUGGAAGUCUAUGCGUGGGCACCGAAGCCAUACCACAAAUUCAUGGCUUUUAAGUCGUUUGGAGAACUGGUCCAUAAGCCAUUACUGGUGGAUCUCACUGUUGAGGAAGGCCAGAGGUUGAAAGUGAUCUACGGCUCCUGCGCCGGAUUCCAUGCUGUUGAUGUGGAUUCGGGCUCAGUGUACGACAUUUAUCUACCAACACACAUCCAGUGCAGCAUUAAGCCCCAUGCAAUCAUCAUUCUCCCCAACACGGACGGCAUGGAGCUCCUGGUGUGCUAUGAGGAUGAGGGGGUGUAUGUGAACACCUAUGGAAGGAUCACCAAGGACGUGGUUCUGCAGUGGGGGGAGAUGCCCACCUCUGUAGCAUAUAUCCGAUCGAAUCAGACAAUGGGCUGGGGAGAGAAGGCCAUAGAGAUACGAUCUGUGGAAACCGGUCACUUGGAUGGCGUGUUUAUGCACAAAAGGGCUCAGAGACUAAAAUUCUUAUGUGAACGCAACGACAAGGUGUUCUUUGCCUCCGUGCGGUCCGGGGGCAGCAGUCAGGUCUAUUUCAUGACCUUAGGCAGGACUUCUCUCCUGAGCUGGUAGAGGCAGUGCGAGCCGGGCUCACCAGAGUCAAGACCGAGAACUCGGAACUCCGUGCAACUGGAGCUCAGCUGUGUCGGGUCAGCCAGGACAGCUGCACGUGGGGCCUCUUAGUGUGUUGGGUCCUCUCUCCCCUCCUUCCUACACUUCUUGCCAGUCUGUUCCCACUUUCUCCUGCUCCUUUCUCAAAAAUAAAUCCGGGCUGCGUUGCAGCUGGUGCUGUUAGACUCUA